AUGCCCGCUGCCACUCCAAAUGGUCGCUCUCGUGUUGGAGCCAAGAAUUCCUCCAGCUCCUUGAUGGUGGUGCUCAAGCUGUCUGGGGAUGUCCUCCAGCAGUUUGUCAGUCCCAAGAUCAAGUUCAGUCAAAAUAAUACCACCAUUAAAACCAACGACAACUCCUCCCCAGCCUCAUCUGCCGAGCUCCCUACCGUCCGCCCAUCUUCUGCCGACAAUGCCUCCGACGCCGACGCCAAUUCUACACCUGCCACAGGGGCAAAUGCAGGCGAUACACCACGUCGGAAGGGCGUUCCGGGUCCCAAGCCAGGCAACAAAAGAACAAAAGAGCAAACCGACCCUAACGCAAAGUCACGGGGACGCCCCGGCCCCAAGAAAAAACCCAGACUUGAGGAAGGUGAUACCACGAAAGUUCCAGCCGCACAGCGUCUGGGACCAAAGGCCAACACAGGGGCUAUCAAUGCCGGUUUGCGCGCGCUAGAUCGCACCGGAGCUGCGUGUCGCAAAUGGGAGCGGAAGCCCCUACAGCUGCGCAGCUUCACAGGCAUUAUGUGGCAGCUCCCUUCCUGGCGCACACCGGGUAUCCCCAAAUCCGAUGACUCGGCCGAUGGCAAGUCCGCAGCACUGGAAAGCGGCGACAGCGACUCCAAGCCUAUGCUCCAUGCUCCCGGCACCGACACGGCCAAUGGCAGCAGUGCUGUACCUAGUGAGAAAAGUAACUCCGGGGAUGGCGAUGUCACCCCUGCUCCGUCUCAUCUAGUUGAGCCCUCCUCACCAGCCAUUGCUAUGACGGCUUAA